AUGCACGCUGUGAAGCGAGAGCUAGUUCUUAGAGCUUUCCACUGCAAUGGCACACAUGAAGAUCAUUUCCCUUGGCAUUGUUGUGCUUGCUGCACUUGUUCUCGCAUCCGAAGGUCGCAUUUCUCGGAAGGACCUAGGCAUCGACCUCGGUGGUGGAGGAAGCCUUGGAAUUGGCACAGGGAUUGGUAUCGCAUAGGUGGUGGUGCUGGCGGAGCUGGCUCUGGUUCCGGCUCAGCAUCCGGGUCAGAUUCAGCAUCUGGAUCGGGUUCAGGCUCAGCAUCAGGUUCUGGAUCUGGAUCAGGCGCCGCUUCAUCAGCGGGUUCAGGUGCAAUUUCCGGUGGAGGCUCUUAUGCCGGGUCAGGUGCAGGCUCGGGAUCUGGCGCUAGUAGCGGAUCCGGUUAUGGUCAAGGGCAAGGCCAAGGAUCUGGAUAUGGUCAGGGUUCUGGCUCGGGCCAUGGACAAGGUUAUGGCUCUGGUUCAGAUUAUGGUGAGGGGCAUGGCGAGGGUUAUGGUCAAGGUAAUGGCUCCGGCUCAGGAUACGGCGAGGGGCAUGGGGAGGGUCAUGGUCAAGGAAAUGGCUCCGGCUCAGGAUUCGGUGAGGGGCAUGGAGAGGGUCAUGGUCAAGGAAAUGGCUAUGGCCAAGGAUCUGGAUAUGGUGAAGGUCACGGUCAAGGCUCGGGUUCAGGCUCAGGUUAUGGUGAAGGCUCCGGCGGUGGAUAUGGAAGUGGAAAUGGGGCUGGUUCAGGCUACGGAGAGGGUCAUGGCUAUGGAUAUGGCUCUGGACAUGGAAACUGAUCAAGAUAGUGGCCUAUUGAAGUAUUUGAAAUGUAUGGUCGUCUCUUGUUUUAACUUUUUCUCGAACAUACAUGGAAGCAUGUCUUUGUAUUAAGAAUAAAGUGACACAAGUCUUUUUAUAUAUUUAUAGUUGGAGAUCCUCUACUUAACUCCUGUUACCAAUGUAUUCACUGUACUAAGCAAUCGGGUCUAUAGCUCGGUUGGUGGUGUGUUGAAUGUUAUCUAGGUUUGAGUUCUUGGAUUGAAUUCCACCAUAAUUUCUUCUUUUCAA